CUUAUGGAGUGCUGCAGAAGGGGGAUGGCAGGACGGACGGCACUGCAGUGUGACAGUUAUCUCAAAUCACCUCUAUGAGCACUCAAACCAACAAGCUACAGCUGUCUCCAGAGAUCUGCUUGGUGAUGAAACUCCAGCUCAACAAAUGUGACAUUACAUGUAUCCCAUUGUCAUAGAGAAGAAACAAAUUGUCAACAGACAAAUUGCAUUGAGAUAGAAUAGAAUUACUCCCUACUCUCUGACAGAGGAUUUUAUCACGUCAAACGGCCUGCAGGGACUGUGGAUGUCGGGGGGAAGAACAAGACGCCACAGGAGACAUGGUGAGCAAAGAGCCGAAUCACUUGCUCAUUGGCCAAUACACCAACAGCAAGACCGCCGACAAGCCGCCUGGYGCCAUGACCGUGCGCUCCGUGCUGCUCAACCGCGACUCGCCGGACAUCGAGAGCCGCCUCAAGCGCCGCCGCAACCGCACCCACCAGGUGCGCUUCAAAGACCUGGAGGAUGGCGUUGUCGGCGGGACCACUGGCRCUGGAUCCAAGGGCCCCGAGAGGUCUGCCGCUGAGCGUGACAGCCCCCACCCYCUGCGGAAGAACACCCCCAUGAGCCCCAUGGCCCCCCAGGGAUGGCUAACAGAGAGGUCAAUGGGGGACGAGGUGUCCUCCAACCAGGCCUCGGUGGUUGGGGCUGUCCGAGGAGAUAUGGCAGAUACUAUUGAGGUAGUGGCAGCGUUUUUGGCUCGGGCACCCCCUCACCCGCUCACCCCGGGGCCCACGCGCCGUUGCUGGGCACCACCAUCGCCCCCACGGCCUUGCUCCCUCACACUACCUCUCUCCCAGAGGCAGUGCGCCAGCAUGGCCAUCCCGACCUCCUCCUGCCUCAAGAAGCCCAAGCCUCCGGCGCCCUCGGCCGUCAGCACGCGCAACCGAAAUGUGGGGGACUCAGUGGGGGUGAAUGGGGAUGACGAACAGGACGAUAAAAAGGAUGAGUACUACACUACCCGCAACCACAUUUCAGAACCUGCAUCUAUAGAUGGAAACGGCCCUGGGUCUAAGGCUAAACAGGGAUUGGUGGACCAACCCCAGUGCCUCAGGACUAGCAAGGCUAACGCAGAGGCUAACGCUAGCUCCCCUGCUGUUGGCAAUCACAUGGACUCUUCCAGGCAUGACYCUUCUUCUUCCCCUCCCCCAGUUUGGCUUCGGCACACAGCAGAGCCUUGCUACUGCGGUUCUGUGACCUGUGGGAGGGAGGGAUCUAAACGCCAGGGGAGUGCAGCUCUGUCCCAAGUGAGGAGGAGAUGGCGCAUGAAACGUGGUAUCAGUGACCCGGGGAGGGAGGUGUCCUACUGUACCACUCCCACACAGACAGACAGUCCCUGUGUCUCCCCUCCUAACUCCCCACCUCCCUCAAGUGUGCAGCCCUGCACCUCCCCACCUCCCUCAACAGUGCAGCCCUGCACCUCCCUACCUCCCUUAACUGUACAGCCCUGCACCACCCAAACACAAACUGACAGUCUCUGUGCCUCCCCGCCUCCCUUAACUGUACAGCCCUGCACCACCCAAACACAAACUGACAGUCUCUGUGCCUCCCCGCCUCCUCCCACUGUACAGCACUGCACCUCCCCACCUCCCUCGACUGUGGAACCCUCCACCCCCAAAACUCAGACUGUGCCUCUCUAUGCUUCCGUACCUAAAACUGUGCCAACCUCCACCCAUCCAUAUUGUGAAACACCACCACUGGUGGUUCUGCCUUGCGCCUCCUCACCCCGGUCCAUCUGUACAUAUCCCCCGAAAAAAUCUGUGCUUCCUCCAACUGUUCUYCCAUCUAAAGCUCAAACCACUCCACCUCUCGCUACACAAACUGAAACUGUCCCACCCAAACCAACAUGCACCGCCACAGCUACAACCACAGCCUCAAAUCCAAAUUGUCCCACCGCACCACCAACUCCAACGAUAGCCCCCUAUACAGCCCCUAAUUGCCAUGACCCAAAACCAACUCCUGUUCUAGCCCCCUCCACUGCCCCAACUUGCCCCACCCCAACACCAACUCCAAAUAUAGCCCCUUGCACCAUCCUAACACAAACUGCCCUAUCCUGCUCUUCCUUAAAUCAACUCAUAUCUCCACCUCCAACUGUGACAUCAUGCCACCCCCCAGCCCAAACUGCCCCUCCCUACAUCUCCUUAAUUCAGACCAUACCACCUGGGAACCCSCCAUGUCAGACCGUACCACCCUGCUCCUCCCAACCUCCAGUAGUACCUUCCUACUCCGCCCACAUUCAAAUAAAAUACUGCUCCUCUCCCAUUGUAAAAAGCUGCAACUCCCCGCCUCCAAUGGUAAAAUCCUACCAUACACUUCCAACGGCGCCAUCUUGUGCAACUCCAAUAAAAACUGUGCCCCUCUACGCUUCCACGUUUCGCCCUGCGCCCCCCUACACCCCCCCACCUCAGGCCCAACACUGCAGCACUCAGGACAAGAGGGUGAUAGAGUGGGAGUUUAGGGGGGAGAGGAGGAUACUUCCACCACCACCCCCGCCCCCUCCCCCGUACACACCACGCAAAGAGGGGGUGAGCUGCACCCCAGGCUCGGCCUGCCAGGCGCCCCUGCUCAGGCGGGCGAGUGAGAAGGAGAGGUCAGGAAGAUCAGGGUCACCCCUGCCCUGUCCUCGAGCCAGCUCUCUGAAACACAGAGCUCAAACACCCUUGGCGAACCCUCUGGAAGGGAACCAGGUAGACCAGGGCUCCUCGCCCACCAAGGCCAUCUCCAGACCCACCUGCCUGGGCCAGGCUCAGGCUCAGCUAGGGGCUCAGCUUGGGGCCCUCCAUAAAAUGCUCUGCUCUGGGACCAACACCCCCAACAGCCAGCAAGCUCUCCCCCCUGGCCAGUGCCUGUCCGGGGCCCGUGGCUGCUCUGGUACUGGAGGGGGCCCCACGGUUGGGCCCCUGACCUCCASCCAGGCUGACACCCUGAGGCAGGUGCAGGAGAUCCUGGGGGGGCUGGUGUCGGGGGCCAGGAGUAAACUGGAUCCGACCUGGGUAGCAGAGAAACUGAUGGGCCCCAACGGGCCCCUGCACGACAUCCGGAGCCUGCAGACCCAGCUGCACAGCAUGGAGGGGGUCCUGGAGACKAGCCAGAACACCAUCAAGGUCCUGCUGGACGUCAUACAGGACCUGGAGAAGAAGGAGGCAGAGAGAGACGGGAGACACUCCUACCGGACGGGCCAGGACAUAGAAAACUGUGGCACGUGCAGAGACUGUGCCUGCAUCAUAUACAGUGUGGAGCAUGACUUCCGGCUGCAGGAGGGGGCAGUAACGCGCACGUGGAGGGUAGGAGACCCUCCAGAGGGCUCCCCCCUAGCAGCUGUGACCCCCCAGCCCACCACGCCACACCGCCAGGACUCACCCCUGCCGGUGACACCGGCACGCCCCCCUCACAGCGGCAAGAAGAGCCGGAAGAAGUGCUUUUGGUUCUUGUGAAUUUUAAAAGGGGAAGAGUAGGGAAGGACAUAAUGAAUUAGGACACUCCUUCUAAAGACUGCGGAGGACUGAGUGGUAGUGUGUGGAGUCCCGAUAUGGAAGGAGAGAGAAAAAUAAAACGGACGCUCAAAACAAGUGUUAGAAGAAGCAGCAAACAAGAGGGAAAAUGAGAAAAAAAAGUGAGGUAUAAAAGAGCUUUUAAAGAGGUAUGAAGGCAGUUAAAGGACCUGGAAGACCCCUAGUGUGGUGAUGAAUGGAAUCUGUUUUGAUCCUGACGUGUUUGAACUGUAUAGAGUGGAGAGUGGAACAUGCAUGUGUUGUAGUUGCACUGAAAUGCCUCUUCAGCACCUGAGAUCAGUUGUUCGUGCGGGGAGGGAUGCACUGUAAAAUGUGCUGAAGUCUUCUGAAAACUUCACCUACCUGGUAGGGGCAAUUAUAGAAAUGAAAGUGUAGAAGAUGAAAAGAAAAGGUAAGGAGAAAAGAAAGGAUAAGGAAGUGACUACGUGUAAAAGGCUAGGGAGUGAAAAACCGAGAGGAAAAGAAUGAGUGUACAGAGAGAAGAGAGGAAGGAUCCAUCCUCAUCACUAAUGGACAAAUGAGGGUCAGAACACCAGCUUUUAUAUCCAGAGAUGUUUCAGCCAAUCAAUUAUUAUGAUGACCUUCAUUUAAAACUUUUAAGAGAAUAGAUCAUUCAAAAACUACACACACAUACAGUCAGGCUGAGAAAUGCACCACAAGAAAAAGUGAGGGUAAAAAAAAGAAGAUUAAAGUGUACAUAAAACAGAGUGUUCUACUGCUUGAAUUGCUAUAUUUGAGAUACGGAUUACUGGUCUAUAAACUAUU